AUGAUGAUUUGGGAUCUGCAUUGUCAUCUGGGGGCGGUGGAUGGGGCGACGCCGCAUGUGCGGAUGGCCGCGUUGAUGCGGAUGGCCGAUCGCGUGGGUGUCGAACGGGUCGUCAUCUUCAUGGGCUGGCCGCAUCAGGUCGAUCCCACGCCCGAGGAGUUACGGCGGCAGAACGAUCAAGUGCUCGAGGCGAUCAGCCAUUGGCACGAUCGUGCAUUCGGGUUCGUGUACCUCACCCCGAAUCAUGUCGAGGCCAGCCUGGAGGAACUAAAGCGGUGCGUCGAGCAUGGCCCCAUGGUUGGUGUGAAGUUGUGGGUCGCUCGACGGGGUAGCGAUGCGGCAGUUGAUCCGCUCGUCGCAGAGGCCACUCGACUUAAUGCAGUCGUCUAUCAACACACGUGGCUGAAGACCACGGGCAACCUGGCCGGAGAGUCGACCCCGGAGGACUUGGUGGCGCUGGCGAAACGGCAUCCCGAGGCCACUCUCAUCUGUGGGCACAGCGGCGGCGCCUGGGAGUUGGGCAUUCGAGCGAUCCGCCCUCAGAAGAAUAUUUGGCUGGGCAUCGGGGGCUUCGACCCCACGGCCGGAGUGGCGGAGAUGGCCGUGCGGGAGUUGGGGGCCGAGCGGGUGAUUUUCGGAAGCGAUGCCGCGGGACGCAGUUUUGCUUCGCAGAUGGCCAAGGUGCAUGGCGAAGGGAGUACGGGCAUGAGCAUCGACUGCAACGUGAUGCUCUCGCGGUGGCCGUUCCGUCGGGUGCCGAACGAUUCGGUGUCCAAGUUGGCCGAAGAACUGAACCGUCACGGCAUCGACGAGGCUUGGGCCGGCAGCUUCGAUGCGCUACUGCAUCGUGAUAUGGCGGGCGUGAACCUUCGCCUGGUCGAGCAAUGCCGAAGCGUGGAAGACCUGCGGCUGCUUCCUUUCGGCACGGUGCACCCGGGGUUGCCCGAUUGGGAGGAGGACCUACGGCGUUGUGCCGAAGAGCACAACAUGCGGGGCAUCCGUCUGUUCCCCAACUACCACCAAUACACGCUCGACGACCCGCGGUUCGCACAACUGCUGGCCGAUGCUGCCCGGCGGGGGCUGUUGGUGCAGGUGGUCGUGAAGAUGGAGGACGAACGCACACAGCAUCCCCUGCUUCGCGUGCCGGCGGUUGAUCUCGAACCGUUGGGUGAACUGGUCGAGGGCAUGCCCGAGCUGCGGGUGAUGGUGCUCAACGGGCUCCGCGGCGAUGUGCGGCCCGAGUUGAUUGAACGACUGACCACAACCGGUCGCGUGCAGUUCGACCUGGCGAUGCUCGAAGGCGCCGCCGGGGUGCGGAGGUGGAUCGACCGUUUCGGCAAAGACCACCUCACGCUAGGCACCUUCAGCCCGUUGUUUUACACCGAAGCGAGCCUGCUCAAGCUCGAAGAAUCGGAGCUAGGCCAAGUCGAACGCCGGGCCGUGCUGGGCGAAAACGCCAAGCGGCUGUUGGGGUGA